AUGGCUCAACAAAAUUAUGAACGCGAGCCUUCUAACAUUCACCAGGAGCUGGAGGAACUGACGAAGUGCGAGCCACUAGUCAAAUGUCGUGCCUCGCGGACGGACUGGCUGCUUGAUAGCACGUCUCAUUAUAAUCGGAGCCCUGGUACUACGGCUGCAUCAAGUGUAAGUGAGGCUGUGCAGCCCAACUCCUCCUUUCAAGGAGGAAAGGAAGAUGCAAUAAGUGAGAAACUGCCCCGGGUGGGUUCCGCUUUAACGCCUCACGGGACCCAGCAGAUUGCCAGUGCAGUCAAGUGUAGAAACGGCAGUGCCGGAAAGUCGGUGACAAAAAAUGGUGCUGCCAUCAGAGCUGAUGUUACUGCCCCACAUUAUCUUUCGCAAGACAAGGAUGGUGUGGGGGCGGCGCUUAUUACCGUUGAGGUGUCAUCAUCGAGCGUGUCCCCGGAGACGACGUUAUCGCCGUCCUCACUUGCGCUGCCUGUUUGUGCUAGAUCGUCACAUGGCACCUCUCGCGGGCCCACAGGAAAACGCCAACUCAGGCGUGUAGCCAAGCGAGAAUGCAAGCGACGCAGCUCCAACAGUAUGAGCAACCCCUCAAGCAGGAGCAUCUUGCAUCGAAACGGUGUCGCAGCCGUCUCGCUCACCAGCAAGACGGACUCGAGGCGGUCUUCAGCUAUUGCUCUUCACAGCUCGGCUGCGGUGACGGCGGAGGCGGGAAGAGAGCGUGUGACGAUCAAAAAGUCUUGCAUCCCGCGCCUGUCUAGUACCUCACAAGUGCUAACACAGCGGACGCCGUUACAUGGAAAGAAUCAAGGUGCCAGGACCACAUCGCCUUCACCGAGGAUUCCAAGUAGUGAGACGUCAGUGGCCACUGUAGCUGCGGCCAAAACGAAGGAAGGAGGGAGGGAAUUAACCCCAUCAGCGCAGGCUCUUUCUAAGACACGCAUGAGCUCUCUUGACAUUGUAGUUUCCUCUGAGAGUGACACCGAUGCUGCUCCAUCGGCGUCAGUUUUACAUUACGCAACUAAGCAUUGCCAUUCUUUUCCUCUCAACGAGCAAAAACGAGUCCAAACUGUAAAUAUGGCUUCGACGUCUGCAUCCGCCUCCACCUCGGCUGUGGCUGUCCUUGGCGUGUACGAGGUGUGCGAAACGGGUGCGGCACAACCUUUAGCGGAUCAAAAUACGAAGUCUAGUCAUGUCACUUUGUCUCGCCGAGUGACGACGGAAGGUUUAGCUUCUCUAGUCGACAAAAAUGCCGGUCUUGAGAGGAUGAAUGCGGCAGCACAUGGCGGUGAGGAGGUAGAGGCGAGGGUGCCAUGUGAGGACUUAAAGCACGUGGCUAUGGAAGAAGAGGCUAAAGGAGGACAUGAAAAAUGUAAGGAACUAAAAAAUGCAGCCGCGGAAGAAACUGUGAAACGUGAGGAGGCUGCAGAAAAAUGCAAGGCACCAGAAGUCAAGAGGCGGGUGCCUGAGGAAAAUGUGCAACAACAAACGGUUAUGAAGACAGAAGCAAAGACGGCCAGUGAGCAAAAAGGGGAGUUGACAGAACCGCUCUCUCUAGUCACGUUACCCACGGUGCGGGAACCAAGCGACGCGCCACCCGUGGCACCAAAGGCAUCCAACCCAACUAUGCCUGCCAUGCCACGGAGGGUCGAUGAGGUAGUCGCCGCCUGUCAUGAGGAUGUAAGAGAAUGCGACAAGAUGGUUGCGCCGCCACUCCUGCGUCACCCUGGUCCAACAUCGAAGGCGAACUCGAAGUGCUGCAGCGUUAUGUGA